CAUGAUUCAAGAUAUAUUUAUCAAACAUUAAUAAAUUGAACUAGAAACAAGGAAAACUACAACAACUCCAUUUAUUAAUGGAAUCCUAGGCUGAGUAUCUUUGACAAAUCUUUUUCUCUCGUCAUUCUUUAAAAACUUAUCAGUAAUAAUAGCAAUGGAGCAGCUACAUAUAUAUAUAUCUAUCUUAUCUCUCAUUCCCAACAAGAACAGCAGAAGAAGCAAAAAUGUGUCCUCAUGUGCUUCUCUUUCCCCUUCCAAUUCAAAGCCCUAUCAAUUCCAUGCUUCAACUUGCUGAGCUUUUUUGCCUUGCAGGUUUACAAGUUACUUUCCUCAACACGAAUCACAAUCAACAGCUUCUCUAUCGUCACACCGACGUCGAAUCUAGAUUCAGGCAAUAUCCUAAAUUUCAAUUCCGGACUAUUUCCGAUGGUCUUCCCGACGAUCAUCCCCGGUCGUCUCUUCUGUUUGGAGACCUUAUUACUUCCUUGCAAGCUGUGGCAGAGCCUUUUCUUAGAGAAAUAGUAACAGAAUCCGGUGUCACGUGUGUUAUACCUGAUGGAUUAUUUUAUUAUGCAGUGGAUAUUUGUAAUGAGCUUGGAGUUUCUGUUAUUUCAUUUGAUACUAUUAGUCCUUGUUGUCUAUGGGUUUAUCUCUGUUUCCCUAAACUCAUUCAAUCUGGAGAUAUUCCCUUCAAAGGAAAUGAUUUGGACGUGUUGAUAGAAAAUGUACCUGGCAUGGAAGAUCUUCUACGGCGUCGAGAUUUUCCAUUCUAUCGUCUCACCAAUUGUGCAACCGACCUCUAUUGUCAACUUGCUCUCAAGGAAAUCCAAAGUAUACCUCGAUCCCAUGGACUCAUAUUAAAUACAUUUGAAGAUUUAGACGGUCCGUUACUCUCUAAUAUUCGCACUCAUUGUCCACAAACAUAUGCGGUUGGACCGCUACAAUUGCAACUCAAAACUAGGCUUGCUGAUAAAUCAAUGUCCUCUUCGAAUAGUUUGCGGGAAGAAGAUGGCAGUUCGAUUCAAUGGCUUGAUGCACAGCCCGUAGAAUCAGUAAUCUAUGUAAGUUUUGGAAGUCUUGCAACUUUGACAAAGGAGGAAAUGUUGGAGUUUUGGCAUGGAUUAGUAAAUAGCGGAAUCAGAUUUUUGUGGGUCAUGAGGUCCGACUUAUUGAGGGAAGAGGAGUUUAGCCACCAAUUUGUCAAGGAGCUAGCGGACGGUUGCAAAGAAAGAGCCUACAUAGUGAGUUGGGCUCCACAAGAGAAAGUACUAUCCCACCCAGCUAUCGGUGGAUUUUUAACUCACAGUGGAUGGAACUCGACUAUGGAAAGUAUUGUUGAAAGAAAACCCAUGAUCUGUUGGGCUGUUUAUGUGGACCAACGAGUCACUAGUAGAUUUGUGGGUGAAGUGUGGAAAAUUGGGUUGGACAUGAAAGAUAUUUGUGACAGAUACAUUAUUGAGAAGGCAGUGAAAGACUUGAUGGUAACAAAUAAGGAUAAGUUGAAGAAAUCAGUUGACAAGUUAUCUAUGUUGGCAAAAAUUAGUGUUGGUGAAGGAGGUUCAUCAUACAAUGCUUUUGAAUCUCUCGUCAUAGACAUUAAAAAGUUAGGAAGAAGAGACAAGGAUAUCAAUCCAAACUGCAUAGGAUACACAGGGUAAUACUACCAAUCAUUGAUUGUAUCAUUUCUUGUUCUUUUAUUGGAUACUACAAGUUAUUCAUACAAGUACACUAGAUGAGAUAAAGCCCGCGAUACCAUGGGGUCGCGCAAUGUUAGUGUAUAAAAUUGUAUGUUUUGCCUUUUAAAUAGGUUAUUUUCUAAGAA